AUGGGCCAAAAAGCCUCAGUACCACAGCCAGGUGCCCAGAUCCAAGUCAUCGGCGCCGGGCUUCCGCGCACGGGAACCUCAUCCUUCAGCCAAGCGUUAGAAAUCCUCCUGAACGGACCGGUGUACCACUGCGGAACGCAAAUGUCGAUCGGCCCACCCACAGAGAUAAAAAGCUGGAUUCCUAUUCUGCAGAAAUGGCUCCAAAAAGAUGAUUCCGCAAGCCGGGCAACAAUGCUCUCCCUCCUGCGCCGCCGAUUGGCCGGCUACGUCGCCAUCACCGACUCCCCAGGCUCCGAGCUGGUCCCGGAACUCAUGGAGCUCUAUCCGGAUGCCAAGGUCAUCUGCACAACCCGCGACCCCGUCUUGUGGGAGACCAGUAUGCUCCACGUGCAGAGCUUGACGGGCGUUUGGUUUGCACGUGCGGUGCUGCUCCCGCUGGACGGGAUGAGACAUUUUAUUCCUUAUGGGACCUUGCUCGCGGCGCUGUGGGAGAGACUCUAUGGUGGUGUUGCUGGCCAGCAUGGCCGGGACACUUAUGCGAGUCAUGUUAAGUGGCUCAAGGAAGUUGUUCCGGAGGAUAGGUUGAUUUUCUUUGAUGUUAAGGAUGGGUGGGAGCCACUGUGUGAGGCUCUGGGAGUUGAGGCCCCGGUGGAUAUACCGUUUCCCCGCGUCAAUGAUUCCGAGGCCAUUGAGAGGUCGGUGCAGUAUCAUUUGCGGAGGGGCCUUGCGCGCUGGGCUUGCAUAUUUGCUGUGGUUGGUGUUGGGGCUGCGGCUUUUCGCAUGCGGAGGUGA